AUGAAUUUCAAAUUAAAGAGGAAAAAUGUUGGUACGGUUGGCAAGAAACCCGAGAAGAAGCUAAAGGCAUCCGCUUUUGGGCGAAAUAACGAGUCUGGCUCUGGAUCUGACUCGGAUUCUUCUGGUAGUGAAUCGAAUUUUAAGUUGGCUAUGGCUGAGAAAUCUAAAAAGGUUGCGAAACAGGUACAAGAGAAGGACCUCGAACUGGAGUCACAACAGUAUGAUUCCAGUUCAGACUCUAAGUCAUCUUCCCAGGCGAAACCUAAACCUAAUUCCAUAGUUAACAAUAUUCUCACGGCGAAAAGGCUCAGAGAUCAUGAACAUCUAGCUGCUCAGCUGAAGCAGAAGGAAUUGGACUUGAAGAUGUACCUUGAGAAAAACAAAGAUGCAGUUGUAUUCUCGAGCGAGGCGUAUCAACAGCACCAGACACAAUUAAAGCUAGUGGAGAAGCAAGUGGAGGAAAGGGAGGAACAAGAAGAUCUAAUUAAUAGGAGCCUCUCGCCUUCAAAGUCUUUCUACUCCAAGAUGAUCCAAUCCAGAGUUGGAACCGCAGAGCUUGAAGAUGAGCAUGAUGCGGAAAAGCUCAAUUUUCCUCAAUUGGAAACCAUCAAACCUGUACCAAUAAUACAUAAGAGAGGUAAAACAGGGAUAGGCAAAGAGAAAUUGGAAAUAAACUAUGCUCCUUCUCCUGGAACUGCAAAUUCUACAAGUAGUGUACUUCUUUCAAGUGUAAUGACUUUUAUUAAAUCGAAACUCACAGAUGAUGAUAUUAAUGAGGAAAAGAGAAAGUAUUGGGAUCGUACAAGGUCGUUAGCACAUUUGACAGACAUUAGAAAUAAAUAG